AUGGACAAGGAAAUUCACCAGUUUGGUAAGGGUCAUGUACUUCAUCAAAUGCUUAGGAUAUUGGAGCUUGAGGUUAUUCAAAUCAUGCCUAAGGUCAUGACCAACAAGAAGAAGCCUACUUUGCAUAUAGGGGUUUGA